AUGUUUAUUGAGGAGCGUAUUCUUACACUUUUCAAACGGAACUGGCAGCACACACUGACAUACUGGAGUGUGUUCUUUAGUUUUGGACUCUGUAUAGCAUUCCUUGGGCCGACUAUAUUAGAUCUGAAAUGCCAGACCAACUCAACGCUAGAGGAGAUCACUUGGGUUUUCUUCUCGCAGCAGAUCUGUCUCCUUUUUGGCAGUUCAAUUGGAGGCGUUUUCAAGAAAACGUUGUUAAGUGCACUCUCUGCUCUCUUCCUGUCUUCUCUCCUUAUUUCUCUGAUCUUUGCCAUCAUUCCUCUUUGCUAUAGUGUGCUACAAUUAGCCAUAGCCAUGGCUGUGUCAGGACUUGCAAUGGGUAUCAUUGAUACAAUUGCAAACAUACAGCUGGUGGUUCUUUACCAGAAAGACUCGGCAAUUUUCCUACAGGCAUUGCAUUUCUUCAUUGGCUUUGGUGCACUGGUGAGCCCCCUGAUUGCAGAUCCUUUCCUUUCAGAGCACUGUCACAGUAUGAACAGCACAGAGAAUGAGGAAAUAAUGCACCACUUCAGACACAGUCUAGCAGGCCUCAGGAGUCCAAUGCUUCUCAACCACUCAGAGCAUUCUGGAGGAGACAUGGAGCAGUCCAUUGUGUCCUAUGCUUUCUGGAUCAUGGCUCUGAUUAAUCUGCCAGUACCCAUUGCAGUGUUUGUGCUAAUGUACUAUGAGAAACUGAUCCCGUGUUGCCCGAAUAACUCUCCACGUCUCAUGGACAAAGAUGAGCUGGCCAUGGAGACCAACACAACUGAGUGUGAAGAGGCACAAAACCAAGAAGCUGGAGGCCAUGGAGACCUUUUCAGCUGCUGCACGAACAGUAACCUGCGUGAGCGUCCUGUCUCAUUCUUUGGCAUCCAUGUUCUGGGAGGACUGGUUCUCUUCAUGACUGAUGGCAUUGUGGGUGCCUAUGCUGGUUUUGCAUACACGUAUGCUGUGUCAUCUCCAAUGUCACUGAAUGCUAAAACAGCUGGCUAUUUACCCUGUAUAUUCUGGGCUGCUAUUGCUGGAGGAAGGUUGAUAUCCAUUCCACUGGCCUAUCGCUUCAGGCCAAUGUAUCUGCUUAUGUGUAGCCUGAUUGGUGUAAUAAUAACAGUAUUGCUACUGCUGAUUUUCUACACAAGUAGCACAUUCAUGUUCGUAGGGACAAGUUUACUCGGCCUUCUCCUCAGCAGCAUCUUUCCAUGCAUGCUUGCUUAUGCUGAGGACAUUCUAGACUACCAGGGAUGUGCCACCACUGUCAUAGUGACCUGUGCUGGAAUGGGUGAAAUGGUCCUCCAGGUCGUGGUUGGAUCGAUCAUUCAAAAAAAAGGCAGCUAUAGUUUCCUCGUCUGUGGCAUGGUUGCAAGCUGCAUUGGAUUUGUCCUCUUCUUUUCCCUCAUGCUCUGUCACUAUUUCCACAGAAACUACCUCAAAGGAACAUCUCAAAAGACAGCGAUGGUGGAGCAACCAGAACCAGCAUAUGAAACUCCAGACAGAGAAGAGGGGAAAGCAGGAAAGAAAAUAAGGGAGAAAAUAGAGAUGAAAAAUGAAAUAAAGCUAUAG